AUGGCCCCUUUCAACCUCGAGACCUGCGCCAGGCCCAACAUCUUGCAGCUUGAGCCGUACCGGUGCGCCAGAGACGACUACAAAGAUGAUGGCACGAACAUUCUCCUAGACGCCAACGAGAAUGCCUACGGGCCAUCUUUGCCCGCAUCGGCCGCACAGGCAAUCUCAUCUACCUCUGGGGGCCCCCAGAUAGAUCUCCUGGGUUUGCACCGGUACCCGGACCCCCACCAGCACGACUUGAAGCAGCUGUUCUGCAACCUCCGCAACACUCACCACCACACGCCCAAGUCCAUCGGCCCUGAGCACAUGUUCGUCGGCGUCGGCAGCGAUGAGGCCAUCGACGCCCUCCUGAGAUGUUUUUGCGCGCCGGGCCGGGACCGCAUCCUCGUGUGCCCGCCCACGUACGGUAUGUAUUCCGUCUCGGCGCACGUGAACGACGUUGGGCUCGUAAAGGUGCCCCUGCUCCCGGCGCCAGGGUUUCAGCUGGACGUAGAGGCGAUCUCCCAAGCUUUGAGCACCGAGAAGGACAUCAAGCUGGCGUACUUCUGUUCGCCAGGCAACCCGACAGGCUCGGUGCUGGCAAAGGAAGACAUCAAGAGGAUCCUGGAGCACACCAGCUGGAACGGCAUUGUGGUCGUCGACGAGGCCUACAUCGAUUUCUCGCCCGAUGGUGCGUCGCUCGCCGAGUGGGUAGCUGAAUGGCCCAACCUUGUCGUCAUGCAGACGCUAUCCAAGGCCUUUGGCAUGGCCGGCAUCAGAUUAGGUGCCGCCUUUACGAGCCCGCCAAUCGCCAGGCUGCUGAACAGUUUAAAGGCUCCGUAUAAUAUCUCCAGCCCUACGAGCGUGCUGGCUACGUAUGCUGUGUCGGAGCAGGGUUUGGCUGCCAUGCAGAAUAACCGCGACAAGAUCGUCAAGCAGCGCAACAGACUCAUCGAAGAGCUACCAAAGAUCAAGGGGGUCGGACGGUUGAGAGGCGGCACAGAGAGCAACUUCUUGCUUUACGAGGUGCUCAACCCCAAGGGUGAGCCGGACAAUACUGUGGCCCUGGCCGUGUACGAGAGCCUUGCCGAGCAAAAAGGCGUUGUUGUACGGUUCCGAGGCAAGGAGCACGGCUGCCUAGGCUGUCUCAGAAUUACUGUCGGGACAGAGGAGGAAGUUACUAGAUUUCUAGCGGCACUUGAGAAGACGCUUGCUGAAGUCUACGGCGAACAAAAGAUUCACGGAGCCGACGCAGUUGUGCCGGCUGAUGAGGCCAAGCGCGAAAGCGAAGCAAGCGGCGUGGUCGCAUAA